AUGGGGCUGCAUUGUUUCAUUCCAAAACGGUCAUCUCAAAAGAAAAUGUGGUUAAGCCACCAGAUGAUGGAGUUUACGUCAAUGGUCUAUUUUUGGAAGGUGCUCGAUGGGAUCGCAAAAGGUAAAACAGCGGAAAUAAUCUUCAGUCAGACGUACAGAUGUCCAGUAUAUAAAACAAGUGAAAGACGUGGUACAUUAUCCACUACUGGACAUUCCACCAACUAUGUCAUGCCUGUCUGUUUACCAACUGAUAAACAUGAAAGUCAUUGGAUUAAACGCAGUGUUGCCUUACUUUGUCAGCUGGACGAUUGAAGUUUUGAAGCGCGUUCAUUUCGAAAUUUGUAUUGUUAUAUUUAUUUAUUGAUAUUUGUGUGACGUUAGUUUACACGUCUACUUGUUCAAUAUCCUAACAAAACUGUCCACUUCUUACUUUGUAAAGGAUGUUUUUAUUUGCAAUUAGCUGUAUUGAGAAAGUGUGUUUUUAUAUAAAAAAAUAUGACCUCGUAAAUAUUACCUUGUGGAUUCAUCAGUAAAGUGAGAUUCACGUGAAUAAUUCAUUUUUGCCAUUGAUUAAGAAAGUCCAUGUCCACGUCUUAUCUCCAGAUUUUUUAAAACAUUAGCAUCUAAAUCAUUAAAUUACUCAUUUAGCUC